UCCUGGACCUGACCAACAGUAGCUGUGGAUGUGCUGAGCUGGACUGGAGCCCAUUCCAGCAGCAGCGCCAGCUGUACCUGGCACACAAUGGCAUCAAGGCCCUGAGCCCUUCAUCCUACCUGGGGCCCAGACUGGAGUACCUGGACCUGGCAUACAACCAACUCAAGGAGCUGCCCCAAAAUUUCUUCACCAACGCCACGAAGCUGCAGACGCUGCUGCUGCAGGGGAACCCUCUCCGCUCUGUGCCCUCCACAGCCUUCCACACCCUACACCACCUCACCGUGUCCUGCCACUGCGACCUGCUGGGCACCAUCCUAACCCCCUGUGCCCAGAAAACCACCCAGUGCCUCUGCCUGACAUCCAGCCAGGAUUCCUUCAACGUGACGGAAUUCCACGGCCGGGAAUGCGGUGCCAGCGCGGCGCUGGUGGGUGGCGUGGUUGGCGCCGUGGCCGCCGUGGUGGUGCUGGUGGCUGUGGGUGUUGCUGGGGUUUGGUACCAGAGGAGGAGAGCUGGUGCCAGUGGCACGGGCUGGGGGAAGCAGGAUCCUGGGGCAGCUCUCAGGCAGCCAAGGUACAUCAGCAGGGACACAGGGAUGGGCAAUGCCGAUGGCACCAACGCGCCCGACUACGAGAAUGUCUUCGUCAGCCCUGGCACGGCCCAGGUGGCUGCACAGGGAUGGGUGCCAGGGUGGCAGGAGCAGAGCUACAGCCCCCAGAUCCCUGUGGAUGACAACUAUUUCCUGGAGAGUGAGGCAGAUCCCGGGGACCAACCCAUCUACGCCAACUCAUUGCAGCACAGAGAGGACAUCUACAUCAUCCCCGAUGAGUGA